AAGUCCAUUUUCACGCCCGUGUAAAAGCGGCAAAAACCGCGAGCUCCUGCAGUGGCCGUUCGACGCGCGGCACCAUCGUCGUCGCGUCAGGUACAGGUUACAUAAAACCCGUCGGUGCCUGUCGGCGAAAAUGGCUGCGGAACGAAAUUCAUAUCACUCUCGGACAGAGGAACGCGGCUAACGCGGAUCAUCGUAUGGAGAGGGGCCGAAGCAUGCAACGAUGCGUUUGUCGCUGCCGGUCCUCAUCCCAACGCCUGAUCGCUCCCUGGACCUUCACCGCGACCCGCGAUUUUGCCGUUUCGUUGAUUCUCCGUCUCCGAAGAACGUCCUAAGAUGCUGCCGGAAAUGCUACGGCUCUCUUAUCAGCAUCGAGCGUUCUAUUGUUACGUGAUACUCAGCGUAUGGAUCUUCCUUUUAGUCGCUGGUAUGUACAAGUACAUCGGGGUCGACGAGAAAACUUACACCCAGGGUAGACGUCCUCCGAGCGAUAUCUCUCUCAGGGAAUUUCCCAGGAACCUCAAGCUCGAUCUAAAGACCAAAAAGAUAUUCAGAUUCUGCAAUUCACCCGAUGAUAUCAAUCCUGGAGCUGAAGGAAAGGUUGAUGGCAACUUGACUCUGGAAGGUAUUCUGGUAUUCAUUCGACAUGGAGACAGAGGUCCCCUAACUCACGUGCGGAAUAUCACAACAGUGAACUGUGCCAAGGACUUCAGCGGUACUUCUGAGAUGGAAAGUGUUUACUUGGCUUACCAAAGUUUCCUGCAAAAUGUAUCAAGCUACUCGAGAACAGCAUGGACACAGUUUUUGGGACCUUUUCACGGAUUUCCCAUGCUCCCAGCAGAUUCGAAGGAAUGUAAACUAGCACAGUUGACCGGUUUGGGUGUAAACCAACUUCUCAAAACUGGAUUGCUGUUGAGGAAUAUUUACUACAACAAACUGAACUUGAACAGUAGCACAUUAAAUUCGAAAGACAUUAUAGUUUACAGCACAAGAUACAGGAGAACAGUGCAAAGCGCGGUAGCCCUGCUCUACACGUUUUUGGAGUACGACAAUUUUGGCAACCUUGCCAAAAUCAAUCUGCAAGAGAGCCAAAGUCUCACUUUCUGCAAUACGGACUGCGCCUGUUCCGCAGCUGAUAAGUUCAGCAAACAACACUCGAAGGAAAUGGCUGAACAUCUGAGGUCCCAUCCUGCAGUGGCAAAUCUGAUCAAGCAGGCUGGUAACGUUGUCUUCGAAAUGCCUGAGCAGGCUCAAAGCACCGAUCCGAAUUCACUGAGGGAUGCUCUGCUCACUUAUGUCUGCCACAAUGCGCCGUUGCCAUGUAUAGACCUGGAAGUACAACAAUUUUGCGUUAAAACAGAACAUGUCACGAGUCUUUUUGCAUAUACAGAAUGGGAGGCGAAGCAGCAUGCAAAGAGCAGGAGUCAAAGAAAGUAUGGCUUAUUACGAGCCUAUGGUUUACUGAGGGACAUAGUGUCUCACAUGCUGCGAAUUGUCUCCGAUGCUAAACCGAAAGUAGUCUUGUAUUCGGGACAUGAUAAGACCUUGGAAUACCUUGCCACGGCGCUUGGCUUGGUCACCGAUCGAUUUUCUAUGUCGCAUUACGCUUCUCGAUUCAUUAUUGAAGUGUACAAAAUGAAUCCGAAGAAUGAGAAUCACGUGGCGAGCGAUUUCUACUUUCGGGUCGUCAUUAAUGGCAAGGAUUUUACCCAGGAUAUACCGUUCUGCAAAAACGUUAACUAUUUCAGUGUUAAUGUUCAUAAUCGACCAGAUAAAAUUGAUAAAAUCAAAGCAGAGACUAAACUUUGUCCGAUUGAAGCAAUCAUCAGACAACUACACGACGACUAUUUUGCACCAUUUAACGCCACUAAUUUCAAAGAUGCAUGUUCUAUACGGAAACACGGAUAACUACUCAGUCUGAGGGGUGAUUCUCUACCUUGGCUGUAAAAGAAUGAACUUUUUUAAUGAUGCUGAAGUGAAGAUGAGUACAAUUUAUACCAGUAUAUUCUCAUGAACAAAAGCAGUGGGUCGUGUUGUGCAAUUCUUAAAAUAGGUAUUGCGAAAAUGUUCGAAUUCUUUCGUGACCAAAAAACUGGUGUUGGUUUUACUUAGCUCUGCUUUUUGGGAGAUAAAUGUUACAAAACAAUUUUAUAUUGAUAAAAAGGUGCGAAUCUCAUCCCUUCGAAUUAAAUGCAAACUGAACUAAGCGAAUCCUUAAAUUUCGUAAUCUCUUGCGGUCCAAAAGAUUUGUACAGUAUAUCUAGGCCAUGAUUAUAAUGGAUGAAGAGAGUUGUGUUAAACAACGGACGUGCACCCGUUGAUAAAAAUUCACUCAACUAGAGCUUGUUUUGCGUUUUGAAUUAAAAGUGUAUAGGCUCCAAUUCUGACAAAACCCAAGUGAUUUUAAUAGUAUGACAAAUUUGUACCAAUCAAGUAUUAGAUUAUCUCCGCUGGUUUGAUAAUAUACAUAUACCUCAAGUCUUAUGCAAAACUUCAUAGAAUAUUUUCUAGUAACUAACAGAUGAUCGUAUAUGUUGGAAGUUGUUUAAGUCAUAAGUUUACACACAAUACACAAUGAAGUCUAUCCAAGAAAGCCUUAACAAAUAGUCUUUUAGCAUAUAUUAGUGUAUUUGAAAAAAAAAGUUUAAUAGGUGAAUAGCUUUAGAUGGCCGUCAUAUAUUUUUUAUCAUACGUGAUGUAUAUAUGUAUAUAACACUCAGAGAAGCAACAAACAUAUGUACAUGUAAAUUUUUAAUAUCGCUAGAGAUCAAUCCACGAUACUUUAUCAUUGUGAUCGAAUCAAAUUGAGUUUAGUCUUCUUCGCGCAUUCGAAACUCGAAAAAUAUUUUCUGAGUUCAAUGUUCAUUAUUAAUGCAAAAAAUUCAAUGUUCAGAUAUAUACAUACAAUGUAUAAAUCGACAUUAAUUUUCGCAUAGUUUUCAAUACCUACGAUUGUUGAAUGAAUUUCUAUAGCAUUUAUGAAAAAGCUUAUAUGAUUCUAUGCUUGUCGAGUACCUUAGGUGUGCAAAUUAGAUACAAUAUAUAAUAUUUCUUGUUUUGAUGUAUAUUCUAUAAGAUUAUAUAUAUAUAUAUAUAUAUAUAUACGUAUAUAUUAAAAAAAACAUUGUUAAAAGUAUCAAGUCUUUAUUACACAAAAUAUGCCAAUUCUCAGUAGUUAAGUUAUCAGCAAUAGUACGUUCGCAUUGAAUACUGUUAACAGCGUUUUGCUCAGUUCGCUCAAAUUUUCAAUCAAAUGUAAAUAUUUUUUUAUAGUAAAUUGCAGAUUACGAUGGCGUGGUAACGUUUUAUUCAUAUAUAAUAUAAAAACAGGCAUUUAAUAAAUAUAUAAUACAAUGUACAAGGCACAUGUUUCUACCAUCAAAGCUACAUAUUACAUAAAACUUGAUAAUGCUUUGGUCAUGUUACAUACUAGAAAUUAAUAUUUUCAUUGUGUGAAACAAUGUGAUUCACCUGAUGUAGAAAAGGCCGCGAUAUCUGACAAAACAUAAAAUUCUAAAACACCAUAAUAAGACAAACCUGUCUGACAAUCACUUAAAAAAACAGAGAAAAAAAAUGAGAACAAACAAAAUCUUUAUCACUAAAACCUUAUGACUAAUAGUUAUAGUAGUAGCAAACAGUCAACACGUUUCGAACUUAUUUUUCAUAUCAAAUAUUUUAUGUACACAUUCAGCUUAAUUAAUUAAUCGAAUAUGGAACUACAU